ACUGGCCAUAUUUCGGAAUUACAUUAGUUUUACAAUAAUUUUUAGAAAUUUGGUUUUUAUUCAACGCAAUCGAAAAGUUGCGACCCAGCCAGCCAACGCGAUCAAUGGCGACGCAGGUCCUGAGACGACGACUUGGUCAGAUUCUUUCCCAGGCCAACCCUAAACCUAACUCGAAGCUCUCCUUAGCGAAAGCUUUCUCUUCCGCUACCGCUCCCAUCCGAGCCACUCUCUUCCCCGGCGACGGCAUCGGCCCCGAGAUCGCUGAGUCCGUCAAACAGGUUUUUAAAACAGCUGAAGUGACCAUUGAAUGGGAAGAGCAUUAUGUUGGGGACCAAAUUGAUCCAAGAACUCAGAGUUUUCUAACUUGGGAAAGUUUAGAAUCAGUAAGAAGGAAUGGGGUAGGCUUGAAAGGUCCAAUGGCUACUCCUAUUGGUAAAGGUCAUAGGUCUUUGAACCUUACUCUAAGGAAAGAACUUAAUCUCUACGCCAAUGUCAGGCCGUGUUAUAGCCUCCCGGGAUAUAAGACUCGGUAUGAUGAUGUAAAUCUCAUCACUAUUCGUGAAAACACGGAAGGGGAGUACAGUGGACUCGAGCAUCAAGUGGUGAGAGGUGUGGUUGAAAGUCUCAAGAUUAUUACUCGUCAGGCAAGCUUGAGGGUGGCUGAAUAUGCUUUUCAUUAUGCUAAGACCCAUGGAAGACAGAGAGUUUCUGCAAUUCAUAAAGCCAAUAUUAUGCAGAAAACGGAUGGUCUUUUUCUCAAGUGCUGCCGUGAAGUUUCAGAGAAAUACCCUGAGAUAACGUAUGAGGAAGUAGUCAUUGACAAUUGCUGUAUGAUGCUUGUGAAGAAUCCAGCACUUUUUGAUGUAUUGGUGAUGCCUAACCUCUAUGGUGACAUUAUCAGUGACCUCUGUGCUGGAUUGAUUGGGGGCUUGGGCUUAACACCAAGUUGCAAUAUUGGUGAAGGAGGAAUAGCACUUGCUGAAGCUGUUCAUGGCUCAGCACCUGAUAUUGCCGGAAAGAAUGUGGCAAAUCCAACUGCUUUAUUAUUGAGUGCGGUCACAAUGUUGCGCCACUUAAAUCUCCAUGACAAGGCUGAUAGGAUUCAGAAUGCUAUUCUCAGUACAAUCGCAGAGGGGAAAUAUCGAACAGCUGACCUUGGUGGCUCGUCAACAACAACUGAUUUUACUAAGGCUAUUUGCGAUCACCUUUAAAGAUUGUUUCUUUGUAACAUUUCUAGUUUUGCAUUGGGUUUCGUUGCAGUUUGAUAGCAAUUUUCUUUUUUCACCGAAGAUUAAAUGUUUUCUUCUCUUAUUUAAGAGGAAUAAAAUCACAUCAUCUUGAUGGCUAAGGAGCUAAUCUUCUGAACUCCCUAUCUUCUGCCAUGGAGAGAGAACAUAUGGCAUUAUUUAAAAUCGUAACGCAUUGUACAGUCCACUUGUAUUUUGGCAGAUGGCCAUGCACUGUCUCAAGGUGAAGAAAACAUGCAGGUUUAGAGGCCUUUUAUUUAUCAUCAAAUAAACCAUGAAGAUGAUGUGUUUCUUACUCUCUGUCUUUCAUUUCCAGACUUAGACAAGAUGCAUUUUUGACAUAUUACU